AUGGACAUCAAGGCGGACAUCAAGGUGGACAUCAAGGCGGAGCCCAAGGCGGCAGAGACGAAGAAGGUGGCGGGGUGGGAGUGGAAGGCCCCGGCGUCCAUGGUGCUGGUGCAGCUCUUCAUCACGGGGAUGAUCCUGCUGUCCAAGGUGUCCAUCGGCGGCGGCAUGUUCAUAUUCGCCCUCCUCGCGUACCGCAGCCUCUUCGGCGCCGCCUUCAUCCUCCCCUUGGCGCUCAUCUUCGAAAAGGGCAAGUGGAGGGAGAUGGGUUGGCACGCAACGGGAUGGAUCUUUCUCAACGCCUUCAUCGGGUACGCAGUGCCAAUGAGCCUAUACUACUAUGGUCUCCGUGAUACAACGCCAGCUUAUGCCGUCAUCUUUUUGAACAUAAUUCCACUGGUCACGUUCAUUCUCUCGCUCGUCUUCAGAAUGGAGACAUUGCAAAUCUGGAGCAUAGCUGGAUCACUAAAGGUCGUAGGCGUUGUGCUCUCGGUUGGAGGUACAAUGCUCAUUAGCCUUUACAAGGGCAAGACACUGCAUCUUUGGAAACCUAUUCUGCACCACAUGGGGCAAAACACGACAGAGGUUGCAGGCAAUCAUCUAAGAGGAACAAUAUUCUUGGUAGGCAGCAGCAUCACACUUGCUUGCUGGUACCUGAUUCAGUCAAAGGUUAUGAAGGUGUAUCCAUACAAAUAUUGGUCGUCCAUGGUGACAUGCUUGGUUGGAGGAUUUCAAACAGCACUAGUUGGAAUAAUAUUGAGUAGGGACAAGAGCGCAUGGAAGCUAGGAUGGGAUCUCAACCUUCUGACCAUCUUCUACUCCGGGGCACUUGCAACGGCGGGGAAGUAUAGCUUGAACUCAUGGGUUGUGGCCAAGCGAGGCCCAGCAUAUCCUCCAAUGUUCAGCCCAUUGUCAGUGGUAUUCACUGUUUUGUUGGACUCCAUCUUUAUAGGCGACGAGAUUACGACAGGAAGUUUGUUCGGCACAACAGUGGUGAUUGCUGGGCUCUACAUUUUCCUAUCGGCAAAAUCAAAAGAAGUGCGGGACAAAUAG